GCAGUGAAUCAGCUUCAUAGUUACGUGAAGUUACCUGGGUUUUAGUGGCGAUGUGGGCCCCCCUAAAGAUCGGAGGGUUUGAGGGUCAUCAGAGAGGAUGAGUUUGUCUGGACCGAAGUCCUGCACUUCUAAAAUAACAAGCAUAAAGCAGAACAACAGGAGACUAAAUCUGAGUAAGAACAACACAAAAGCACUCAGAGUUCAUCCUGAUAUCAAAGCCAGAGAAUAAAGAUGAGUUUGAUGUCAGGGCCUGAUGUGAAGAAGACCCGAUCCCCUCUGUGCUUUCAUCUGGACCACAGUCAUCCACUGUGCAAACUUCAGAAAUCAGAGAGGGAACAAGAAACCAGAAAAGAAUAGAAUGGGCCUUUAUUUUUCAGACUCAACGAAACGAGGUUGUUUUCCCACCGCGGAGCACCCGGGUUUACCUCCAUUCUUGCCGGUCAGCUCUUUUUUGCUUCCGAGGCCUCAUCGGAGGAAGCAAGCAGGCUUUUUUUUCUGCUUUGCUGGCUUCGCAGAGAACUGGAUCUUCAGGGGCUUUACUCUUGGGCUGCUGCCAGUAAAAUACGCUUGAGACUUGUUGGAGCUGGUUUAAUCCCCACAACCCCCUGUGUUUACCAUCUGGGUUGUCACCUGAAAGCAUGGAAAGCCACGGCUCAUCACAAUAGGAACCCUGAUUUACUGUGUGGCUUACUGCACUGUGCGGGCUCUGUUCCAGGCUAUUCUACAACUGUCCCGGUGCAUUUGCUCACAAAACAGGACGCGCCAUGAUGGAGGACAGCGGAGGGAGGAAGACCAGAGAGGGCGAGGACGAGGAGACGGUGAGCUCAGUCGUGACCGAGACGAGCACGCUGCCGUGGUCUGCAGACAGACAGACGGGUGGACGGACAGGUAAAGCUGACAGGAUGAGCGUGAGGUCAGGUGUGUUUCUUCCCGAGGCGUCGAGCUGCACAGAGAGCGAAAGAGAACUGAAGGCAGAGGUGGAGAGGAGGUGCGGCAGAGCGGGUUUAGACGAAGGAGCGGAGCUACGUGAGGAUAAAACUAGGGUACACCUGUUGGAGGAGGAGCCCCGAGAGAACCUCCUGCCAGAGAAAGCUGCUCAGGUGUUCAGGCCUGCAGUGACUGCCCUCCACUCCCCCUCCUCACUCAGAGAGUCUGGGCCGCUCCGGGAAAUGGAGUCCGAGAAGAGUCCCUUCCUGGGUCCCCGAGGAGUUCCCGAGAACUACAAUCAACAUUAUUACCUGGACGAGGAACUGCGCUCCAAUAAACGAGGGCAGUGCUGUCUCAGUACGGAUGUCCUGAAGAUGGGCGUGUCUCUGAUGGCCUCGGCGUUCUUCUUCCCUUUACUCGUCUGGGGUGGUUUUGUGUUUCUGCCAUUUGACGCCCCGCUGCUGGAUGGUGCCCCCCUCCGGCUCGUCUACACGCUGCGCUGCUCUGUGUUCGCUGCCACCCCCAUCGUCCUUGGUUGGCUUGUUCUGGGCAUCUCACGGCUAAGGUCAGGUGUGCUUCGUCCUCUGUUUGAUGAUGAAAUAAAGGAGGCGGAGCUACAGGAAGUCACUGUCCACCAGCGCUUCAUCUCUGACUCUGCCUCGCUGUUCCUGAUUUACUUCCUGCAGCUGGUCGUUAUGGCGAUGUACCUUAGCCAGGAGCAGCUGAAGCUUGUGCCGCUCCUGACCAUCCUCUUUGCUUUUGGAAGGUUGGCGUACUGGAUCGCCGCGGCAUUUGGCAGCAGCAUUCGUGGAUUUGGUUUUGGCAUCUCCUUCCUGCCAAGUAUCAUCAUGAUGGGAGCAAACUUCUACUUCAUCUUCACGAUGGAUGCGGCGAGUUCCAUUUUCAGUGUUCCCCAUGACGAGGCACCGCCUCAACCAGCAGGCCGACAACGGUUUUGGGGAUAAGACACAAGCAGUGAUUGAUGAUUGUCAUUAUCGAUUGAAAAGUAAAAUCUGUCUUUAUUUUGAGGUUUAAAUGCUUUAAAAUGACCAGGCGUAGCCCUGCCCAGCUGGUGUGCGCGGCUCUUGUUUUUUCCUUUAUUAAACUGCUUCCUGUUCUCUGCAGCUUCCUGUUGAUCUUUUUUUUCUGUGUUUUAUUUUCUACAAUUGUUUUUAUGAUCAA